GAAACUCUUGGGUAUAACAGUGUGAACAAGAGGCUGAGCCCAGAGCAGAGGAAACAGAGGCACAGGGAAGGAGGAGGAGGGUGAGAAAGAGUCAAAGAGAGACACAGGGAAGAAGAAAGAGAGGGAGAGAGGCAUCAGAGCGUGGAACAGGUUCUUUCGGCAGUUCUUUCGGCACUCAGCCUCAGCAGACAUGCCUAACUUUGCCGGUACCUGGAAGAUGAAGAGGAGUGAGAAUUUUGAUGAACUUCUCAAAGCCCUGGGAGUGAACACCAUGCUGAGGAAGGUGGCUGUGGCAGCGGCCUCCAACCCCCAUGUGGAGAUCCGUCAGGACGGUGAGAAGUUCUACAUCAAAACAUCCACCAGUGUGCGCACCACUGAGAUCAACUUCCACAUUGGUGAAGAAUUUGAUGAGGAGACGGUGGAUGGACGGAAGUGCAAGAGCCUCGCCACCUGGGAGUCGGAGAACAAGAUCUCUUGUCAGCAGACUCUGGUGGAUGGCGACGGCCCCAAAACCUACUGGACCCGAGAGCUAAAUGGCGAUGAGCUUACACUGACUUUUGGGGCCGAUGAUGUAGUGUGCACACGGAUUUACGUCCGGGAAUGAAGCUCUGCAACCUUCAUGAAGACAAGGCAGAAAACCAGUUGGACCACGACUUGUUUAAACCCAAUAACUCUCAUGUCAUGCUAACACGCUAACACAUUUGCAAAGUAUCCUGUGUAACCUCUCAGCAUAGAUCUGCAUAGUCUCUACAAACAAUAGCAAUGUCUCUGUAAUCUGGUUAUUUGUAGUGAGUAUUGUAUCUGCAGUACAGUAGCUGGAUAUCUCAUUUCCACAUCUACAACCCUGGUGUCAGCUAUUCACGUAGGAUUUAGUCAUUCGUUGUAUUCAUGUUCAGUGUCAGGAAACAAUAAAAAUAUGGAACAAACAGUA